GUUUGAGUUUGCGUGGGCAGUGAGGAGGGCAGAGAGGCGCGUCUUCUUUAAGAGCGCGUCCUCCGACUCGCUGCCAUUUAAAGCUUGUCGCAUCCAAGCGCGUCACGACUUAACCGACUAUCACCAUUCAUCGCACGUACAGUCGCCCGGCUGAAAGCGAUGGCGUCCGUUACGUUAGGACAACACCCGGGUCGGCACCACCUCGAUUCAGAUAAGCUGUUCUUCCGCAAAUUGGCGAACGAGGGGAAGAAAUUAAUGCGCAAACCGUCACAGGAGAAAAUGACGCGGGAGCGCGCGGCACCUCUGAGAGCACCACUAAACCACCGACCAUCUUCAGACACGCUGAGCGGGACAGCAUUAGAGAUGUGCGAGAACAGUGAUGCACAACCGCCACGUAGUACGCAUGGGACGACGGACGCGGACGCGGACAGAGUCCCCGCGGCGCAGCGCGCACUGGAAUGUGCGUGUUACGACGCGGCUCAGGCGCAGCCUCGCAGCCGCACCGACGCGCAGAACGCGAACACGAACAACAACGGCAUCAUCAGAGGUAACGCUCGAAGAAGCUCGGCGAAAAGUGUCCACGAACUGUCAGGAGGCAAACACGUAAAGUUCCGGUCCUUGUCCGCAGACGGAGACACGUUAGAAGGAAUCCAGCUCGAGCGGCUUACGCAGGGCAGACGAGGAGUCGUAAGGCUUAUGCGGACUGAACAACCGAGAAGGCAAGCAUGGUCAAUAUUCGAUCAAGAUGAGUCCAGGGUGAACAAGGAAAAAGGAGAAGGACACCUUUUCGCCCCCCGCAGGGUCACGCAGGACUGGUGCGACGCCUGCAACCGGCUGAUCAAGAGCACGGCGCUCCGGUGCGAAUACUGCAGUUACACUUGUCACCUGGACUGUGAGAACCAUGUACAGCUCGACUGUAACCAGGGAAAUGUGCAAAAAGAAGACACGCCUACCGACCCCCCAUGCAGGGCAUAUUCUACAGCACCUCCAGCAAAGAACACCACUAAAGAGAAAGAAGAGGAGAACCAACAGUCCCUCACCGAGGAGGAGGUCAAGGCAAAGAUAGAAGAGUACAACUCUAAAGUGUCCGAAAAUGGAAUGAAAUUAGCUGCUGACGGGACAUACAACGGCUUCAUUAAGGUCCACCUGAAGCUGCGGCGGCCGGUCACACUGAUAUCAAAGGACGCGAACAGCUCAGGGAACUCGGAGAACAGCUUGGCAGCGGACGAUAUUUCAGACAAACGCACAUCCUUCUAUCUGCCCAGUGAAGCUGUAAAGCAGCUCCAUGUCAGCAGCACCACCACAGUCAGAGAGGUCAUCGAGGGCCUGCUCCGGAAGUACAUGGUGCAGGACAAUCCACUCAAGUUUGCUCUCUACAAGCAAAUGCACCGACAUGGACAGGAUCUUUUCCAGAAGCUUCCAGACUCUGAGCACCCACUGCUGCUUCGCCUGUUGGCAGGUCCUGAUCUAGAGAAACUCUCAUUCGUACUGAAGGAAAACGAGACUGGAGACGUAGAGUGGCAUGCGUUCUCCGUGCCCGAGCUGCACAACUUCUUGGCCAUCCUGGAGAAGGAGGAAAGUGAGAGGGUGAAGCAGGUAACGCAGCGCUACGUGGCCUACCGUCAGAAACUCUUAGAGGCUCUGCAGGAAGUACAGAACAAACCUGGCUAGUGCACUGAGCCUAUGGACAGACUCAUUAAAAACUCUCCACUUAGGAUUCCCCAAAACCCCCAGACCUCCCUCAUGACCUCUGGAGCCUAAUAAAGAGAAGGUGUGUGAGGGGGUGUCAGGACAUAAAGAACAAGGAGAUCACACAAUCACGUCACUCAAGACGCAAACGCCACGCACAUGGAGAUCCAGGAGUGUGUUUCUGACUCAUGUGGUUGAUGUUUGAAAAGGAUUUUUGUCUGUCUGUCCACAUUUCUGUAUGAUGCUGCUGCUAUGACUGCUACUGCGAGUGUUACUUAGCAUGACUUUCUUUUUCUUUAUCUUUGCUAGCGUGUCCUCCAUCAGGGAUUUUUUUUUUUUUAAGUAGACGAAGAAUCUAUAUAAAAAAAAUAAAAAUAAAAAAUAGAAACUAUCAAGGCUAUAAAGAGUCCUGGAAGUGAACUUUAAGUAAGUAAAUAAAUGUAAAAGCUUAGGAUAAGUCUAUUUUAAAAGGCUGGAUCAAUACUCAUUCACACUCACUUGCAUUUUACAGCAUCAUUUUAUAUCUUAUCUAAUACCAUUAUGAACAAUGUACUCUAUUCAGACUUUCUGUACAAAUCAAUAUGCCAUUUGCUGAAAGCAUCUGCUGUGAUAGUCGCACACCUUUCAAAUCAAUAACCACAACAUGUCACUUAGUAGCCAACACUGCAUAUUCAACUCGUCCAAUCAGCACUGAUUAUUGUCUAUCAUCCAUAUACAUCCAUAGAUACACUUGGAACGACGUGGAGGCUUUUUCCGUCUAAUCUAUAAACAUUAUAAAUUAGACUGGACAACUAUAAAUUAUAAGCAUGUUCUAACGUAGACGUCUCAAACCAAACCCUACGGAAAUGUGAAACAACUAUAGCGUACAUGUAGAGUGUAUAGUGCGUGGGCUCUUUUGUAAGGAAGUGUGUUUCAUGUGCUUCGUCUGUUCUGGUGUGACAGGAAAGCUUAUGGAAGCGCCCAGCCUCAACACACACCCAUGACUCAGAGCUUUGACGCAAACUGUCGCAUAUUGCUAAUUUAGUGUGUCUGGUAUCUAAUAUGUAGGAGAUGAGAUUAUAUAACGUACUGUAGCCUGGAUAAUCAUAUCUGAUCAUCGUUUCAGCUAAGUGGGCAAAGCAAGGCUGUGGGUUGUCUUCUCAUAAGCUGAGAAACACCAUAAUGGAUUUUACACCAAAGUUAACAGGGACACAUAAGCUUAAUGUUUUUUAAUGAUCUGAAUAGAAAGCAUAUUUCGUGCAUUGUUGAUUAAAAACGAGUUACUUGGACAAGGAAGAACAGACGACCAAGUGGUGAGCCGGAAUAUAUAGUGGUGAGCCGGAAUAUAUGAUUUGCUUUGUAUUUUUCUUUGAAUUCUAAAAUAUUUUAACAAAGGGAUUCGUGGUGCUUUUAAGUGUGAAUGAGAUUUCAUUCUGUCUGACACUGAAUAUCAUCAUGGAGCUCAUAGCAGUGCUACUAGAAAGCACAGAAAGGUGAUGAGUAAUGAGAGAAGGUCAAUGAUGUGAACUUUACAGUCUGAUAAUAACAACUGAGUUCCAGCCUAUGGGGGUUUUGGGGGUUUUGUUUUUUUUAUUUAUUUUAUUUUUUUAUGCCAGUUCCACCUCUGCAAUGCAAAUUAGUAGCCAGGGACAAUCCAGACUAACACUUGUUGUGUUAUGUUAGAAUGUUAGUCUUUUUUCUACAGUAUAAUCAUCGGAGUUGAAUUAGCUGCACUCAAAUGAUCACUGUUAGAAUUCAUUUAACACCAUUACUGUAAAUAAUGGCCUAACGACACAAUGAUUGGAAAUGAUGGCCAAAAAGGUCAUUUGAGGGCUUCAUUUUAGAGCCUUGUCUCCACCACUUUUUUGCCCCUGUGCUGCCCUGCUGGCUCUGAUGCUAAUUUUACAAGCGCGCCUCCUAGAGCAUGGGAGGUAUAACAUACAGCCAUGAGUAAACUGGGUAGGACGGGCCGAAUACUUCCUUUCGGCCUGUACCACUCGCUCUUGUGUUCCCGCAGGCAGUGCCUUUUGUCUGUGUGUAGCCUUACCUGAACGUGUGUGUGUGUGUGUGUGUGUGUGUGUGUGUGUGUGUGUGUGGAAAUAUAUAUAUGUGCUCUGUUUUCCGUGUUUAUUUGCCUCAAAAGUGAGGAGAAAUGUGUAAGAGUGAAAGAAUGAACAACUGUGUGCAUAUGUGCAAGUCUGUUUAACUUAUUUUACAAUAUAUUUGGGGUUGUGGACUAUCUGGCAAAUCCUUUUUGAGGAUUCAGAACUGUGUAUCAUCUCGGAAACUGUAAAGAUAAUGAAAAGUGAAAUAAAAGGUCAUCAUUUUAUCUGUCA